GUCUGGGCGGCUGACCAGCCAGCAACAUGGUUGCACCCGUGCUAGAGACUUCUCACGUGUUUUGCUGCCCAAAUCGGGUGCGGGGAGUCCUGAGCUGGAGCUCCGGGCCCAGAGGACUUCUGGCCUUCGGUACUUCCUGCUCUGUGGUGCUUUAUGACCCUCUGAAAAGGGUUGUUGUUACCAACCUGAAUGGACACACUGCCCGAGUCAAUUGCAUACAGUGGAUUUGUAAACAGGAUGGCUCCUUUGAUGGAAAACCUCUUUUAAAAGCAGUCCAUCUCCAAGGCCAUGAAGGACCUAUUUACGCCAUACAUGCUGUUUACCAGAGGAGGACAUCAGAUGGUGCAUUACACAUACUGAUAGUUUCUGCAGCUUCAGAUUCUACUGUUAGACUCUGGUCUAAAAAGGAUUCAGAAGUAACAUGCCUUCAGACCUUAAACUUUGGAAAUGGAUUCGCUCUGGCUCUCUGCUUAUCUUUUUUGCCUAAUACUGAUGUACCAAUAUUAGCAUGUGGUGAUGAUGACUGCAGAAUUCACUUAUUUGCUCAACAAAAUGAUCAGUUUCAGAAAGUGCUUCUUCUCUGUGGACAUGAGGAUUGGAUAAGAGGCGUGGAAUGGGCAGCCUUUGGUGGAGAUCUUUUCCUAGCAAGCUGUUCACAAGAUUGCCUGAUAAGAAUAUGGAAGCUGUAUGUAAAAUCGACAUCUGUAGAAAGUCAGGAUGAUGAUAAUAUAAGACUGAAAGAAAAUACUUUUACCAUAGAAAAUGAAAGUAUUAAAAUAGCAUUUGCUAUUACACUGGAGACUGUGCUAGCUGGUCAUGAAAACUGGGUAAAUGCCGUUCAUUGGCAACCUUCAUUUUAUAAAGAUGGUAUUCUACAGCAGCCAAUGAGGUUGUUGUCUGCUUCAAUGGAUAAAACCAUGAUUCUCUGGGCUCCAGAUGAAGAGUCAGGAGUUUGGCUAGAACAGGUUCGAGUAGGUGAAGUAGGUGGGAAUACUCUGGGAUUUUAUGAUUGCCAGUUCAAUGAAGAUGGCUCCAUGAUCAUCGCUCAUGCUUUCCAUGGAGCAUUGCACCUUUGGAAACAGAGUGCAGUUAACCCGAGAGAGUGGACUCCAGAAAUUGUCAUUUCAGGACACUUUGAUGGUGUCCAAGACCUAAUGUGGGAUCCAGAAGGAGAAUUUAUCAUCAGUGUUGGUACCGAUCAGACAACUCGACUUUUUGCUCCAUGGAACAGAAAAGACCAAUCACAGGUGACUUGGCAUGAAAUUGCAAGGCCUCAGAUACAUGGAUAUGACCUGAAAUGUUUGGCAAUGAUUAAUCGUUUUCAGUUUGUGUCUGGAGCAGAUGAAAAAGUUCUUCGAGUUUUUUCUGCACCUCGAAAUUUUGUGGAAAAUUUUUGUGCCAUUACAGGGCAAUCACUGAAUCAUGUGCUUUGUAAUCAAGACAGUGAUCUUCCAGAAGGAGCUACUGUCCCUGCAUUGGGACUAUCAAAUAAAGCUAUCUUUCAGGGAGAUAUAGCUUCUCAGCCUUCUGAUAAAGAGGAGCUGUUAACUAGUACUGGUUUCGAGUAUCACCCAGUGGCCUUUCAACCCUCCGUACUUACUGAACCUCCCACUGAGGAUCAUCUUCUGCAGAAUACUUUGUGGCCUGAAGUUCAAAAACUAUAUGGACAUGGUUAUGAAAUAUUUUGUGUUGCUUGUAACAAUUCAAAGACACUGCUUGCCUCAGCUUGUAAGGUAGGGACUUUUACUAUUUUUAAAAUUUUUUAUCUUUACCCCCAGAAUAUUGGUGUGCAUGUAUUUCUUUCAGACCCAGUUUUCAGUCUCUUUGCUUUUACCAACAAAAUUACAUCUGUGCACAGUAGAAUUAUUUGGUCUUGUGAUUGGAGUCCUGAUAACAAGUAUUUCUUCACUGGGAGUCGGGACAAAAAGGUGGUUGCCUGGGGUGAAUGUGACUACAGCGAUGACUGCAUUGAGCACAACAUUGGCCCCUGCUCCUCAGUCCUGGACGUGGGGGGCGCCGUGACAGCUGUCAGCGUCUGCCCAGUGCUCAACUCUUCCCAACGAUAUGUGGUUGCAGUAGGAUUGGAGUGUGGAAAGAUUUGCUUAUAUACUUGGAAAAAGACUGAUCAAGUUCCAGAAAUAAAUGACUGGACCCACUGUUUAGAAACAAGUCAAAGCCAAAGUCAUACACUUGCUAUUAAAAAACUAUGCUGGAAGAAUUGCAGUGGAAACACUGAACAGAAUGAAGCAGAAGGUGCUGAGUGGUUACACUUUGCAAGUUGUGGUGAAGAUCACACUGUGAAGAUACACAGAGUUAACAGACAUGCGCUGUGAUGGACUUAGUAACUACAUGCUUGCAGUCAUUGGUGUCUUAAGAUAUUUAUCAUGUAAAUAGAUCACCUUUCUUUACCUUUAUAA